CCAAGAACCGUCUUGGAAAACAACAGGAAGUGGAACCAACACUUAUUGAAAACUAUUUUUUAUAUUUAGAAAGUUUUUGAAUUUAUUGUUAUUUUUGGAAGAGGUGCCUUUUGACCAGUUGUUUUUAUGAAUUAGAUCAUCAUAGUGUAAGAAAUGCUCGCUGAUAUUGCCGUCAGAAUGGAUAAAACGUGUAUUCAAUGUUUUGUUUACAUCGUGAAUCAUGAAUCAGCUGACUAGCUAGCCAACUAAGUUAAAUACCAAAUACCUUUUCAGCAUUAGCUAACCUUAAAUGCCUAACUACGCUUAACAUUGUAGCUAGAUUGCUUUGGAAAUGUGUUUUCGAUAUCUAUGCAUCAAAAAGCGCCUUUGAAACGAGCCGGUUUAGGCAUACCAAGGCGUUUUAGUUGAACGUUGUAGCUAGUAGUUAGAGCCACCUACGCUAGGUAGCUUGCUAGCAGCUUUGUUGUCAGCAACCUAGCCUGUUUGAAAUAGUCUAGUGAAUGUCGGAAUCUUGCUAACCUACUGUGGCUAGCCAGUUCACCUAAACAAAGAAAGAUGCCUUGCACCUGUGGGAAUUGGAGAAGGUGGAUUCGCCCUCUGGUUGUUCUUUUAUACAUUCUGGUUGUCCUUGUGGUCCUACCCCUGUGCAUAUGGGAACUACAGAAAUCAGAGGUUGGCACACAUAAUAAAGCAUGGUUUAUAGCUGGGAUAUUCGUGUUAAUGACCAUACCCAUAUCUCUGUGGGGAAUUCUGCAACAUCUCGUGCACUACACUCAACCAGAGCUCCAGAAACCUAUUAUCAGAAUAUUAUGGAUGGUACCCAUAUACAGUUUGGACAGUUGGAUCGCAUUGAAGUACCCCAACAUUGCCAUCUACGUGGACACCUGCAGGGAGUGCUACGAGGCCUACGUCAUAUACAACUUUAUGAUCUUCCUACUCAACUACCUGGGAAACCAGUACCCCAGCCUGGUCCUGAUGCUGGAGGUACAGGAACAGCAGAAACACCUGCCCCCUCUCUGCUGCUGCCCACCAUGGCCCAUGGGAGAGGUGCUGCUGUUGCGAUGCAAGCUAGGUGUGUUGCAGUACACAGUGGUUCGACCAGUCACGACGGUUAUCGCCUUGAUAUGCCAGCUCUGUGGGGUGUACGAUGAAGGCAACUUCAGCUCAACCAACGCGUGGACAUACUUGGUGAUCUUCAACAACAUGUCCCAGCUGUUUGCCAUGUAUUGUCUAGUGCUGUUCUACAAGGCUCUGAGGGAGGAACUGGCCCCCAUCAGACCAGUGGGAAAGUUCCUGUGUGUCAAAAUGGUGGUGUUUGUCUCUUUCUGGCAAGCUGUGUUCAUCGCUCUCUUGGUCAAGGCGGGAGUGAUUUCUGAAAGACACACGUGGGACUGGGUCAGUGUGGAGGCUGUGGCCACCGGCUUGCAGGACUUUGUCAUCUGUGUGGAAAUGUUCCUGGCAGCCAUCGCCCACCACUUCAGCUUUACCUAUAAGCCCUACAUCCAGGAGGCUGAGGAAGGAUCCUGCUUCGAUUCCUUCCUGGCCAUGUGGGACAUCUCCGAUGUCAGGGCUGACAUUUCCGAGCAAGUCCGCAACGUUGGGAGAACGGUAAUGGGACGCCCGCGAAAGACCUACUUUGGUGAGGCGGAGGACGACGGUGAGCGCUCCGGACUGCUUUCUCCCGGCUCCCAGGACGCCCUCGGACCCACGGAGACUUUGUCCAACCCGCCGUCCCCCAGGGGCCGCUACCAGGGCCUGGGCAAAACCCAAACGCCCCACUCCCGGUCUGCCCCCGCCGGGCUCAGCAGUGCUCAGUGGGCGGUGGAGGGCGAUGGAGGACCGGUCCCUGAGCCCAGAGAAAUGACAGAUGAGCCGGCAGAAUCUGUUACACAAGACCUUGUUGUCAUCACCUAGCUUAGCGUUAUGUGCUCAAUGCCUCUGAUGGACACAAUGCACAUUAUAAAAAAAAAUGCGGUUGAGCAGGAACCAAGUAUGGCCUCGGCUACAUUUUCCUCCAGACAAUAUUUAACUUAAUAAUUCGGCUGACGAAGAUGGACCUCUGUCUAUGACAGCUCUACGAAUGUUCAUGUGGGUUCAUGAAGGUCUCAUUAAUUACACGACCAGGACUUUUGGGAUAUUUCCUGUCCUCUGUUUCCAUAUGUUAUUACUGACUGAUUAUGGUAAAGUGGUGUACCGUAAUACCUUAUUCGAAGCCCAAUUAAUUGUAAUGGGUCUUGACUUUGUGUUCGAAAGCCUAUGAGACAUUUUACCAGUAUACUUGUUCCCGUGACAGAAGCAUGUGGGCGACAUCAAACUGCAAAUGCACAACUCCUGAGGGAUUUAGCUGUUGCCAGUUAUUUUAGUUUUUUGAACUGAAACGUACACAGAAUACUGGUUAGCAUCGGCUAAGGAAACAGCACAUACUUGAACAGGGUUCGACCACAUCAUGCAUAGUUCUCUGCAUGAAGCUUUCACUCUUCUAUGAAGUCUUCUCAGAUGUCUUGUUCUUCCUUGUGCCGGAAUUUGGCCCAGUGUAUUCAGCAAUGCACAUAUCCCGAGGUUAUCUUCACGUGAAACGACAACCGAUGCUUACGUAGUUUAUAAGUCUAUAACAUGGUUAUAGACUUACAUGUGUCUUUCAUAAUUCUAAUUGCUGUUUUAAACUCGGCCGGCAUGUUAAUCUUUCAGGGAUUUAGUGUAGAUUUACUCUACAGAUUGGGAUUGCUUUAUAACUCUACUUGUUUCAUUGUGUGUCAAUGUAAAGUGUGUGCAGCUACGUUGCAUUGCCUUACCUGACAAUGUUUGUCACAAAACAUUAGACUUCAGAGGGGAGUCAUACAUCAAACAUGUCAGUAUUGAAGUCCACCCUCUAAUAAAUUCAAUUCUGUUAUA